GCACGUUUUAACGCAAAUACCUACUAAUAACACAAUGUGAAUUGCUCUGCACGUGUUAUACCAUUGGUCGAUAGUCCGCGUUUUAACGCGGGUUUGAUGUGUAUGAUUGGAUCCUAACUGAGGAAGAAUAAUGAUCCUCAACAUCCAAUCACAUCCUAUAAUGUGCUUUUCUUAUACGAUUAGCAAACAGAAAUAUUUGAUGACAUCUGCUUUGAACGGAUAUCAUCAAUUUUUAAAACAGGAUAAUGCAGAAUUUCAAUGUAAACCUGUCAUGUCUUUUAACAUACGCACAUGGUUGAAUUAUGAGCAGUUGUUGUAACCUAAAAGAAUUGUGUUAUUGUUAAUUAGUGAACAUUAAUCUAUUACAAAAUGGCAAAUGGUUGUGAUUUAAUAAAAACUAUUGAAGAAGAUGAAGAAGUUCAAAACUUUUCAGAUAUUUCUGAUGAGGAAGACGAUUUUCAACCACGGAAACAGAAGAAACAGGAGAAAAAGGAUUUUGAAAGCAACUUCCAAUUUGUGAGUGAUGCCUCGCAAUAUAAUCAAGAUACAUGGAAUGAUUUGAGCAAGUAUAUCAAGAGGAAAGCAAAAACAAAACUUGAUGAUAAAAUUAAAAAAAUAAGGCUUGAACAUGGUGAACAGAAUGGAUCUGUAGAGGAUCCUAUUAAGCUAGAAGAUGAAUUUGUAAAGGAGGAGGACCCCUUAGACCUUUCCGAUGAUGAGUUGAAAAAAGAUAUCUUUAAGACAAAGGAAAGGAAAGGUAAACGAAGAAAUUUAGAAAAAGAAGAGGAGUUAAUGGAUUUCGAGGAAUGUGCAGAAUAUGACGAUUAUGCCUCUUUCUAUCAAAUGAAUUUAUCCCGACCAUUAUUAAAGGCAAUCGGAGCAAUGAAUUUUGUUCAUCCAACUCCAAUUCAAGCUGCCACGAUACCUGUUGCCUUAAUGGGACGUGAUAUCUGCGGCUGUGCUGCAACUGGAACGGGUAAAACUGCUGCGUACAUGCUUCCUACUUUAGAAAGAUUAUUAUACAGACCAUUGGAAGGCGCUGCAAUUUCGCGGGUAUUAGUUCUCGUACCGACAAGAGAAUUGGGUGUACAAGUAUACCAAGUCACUAAGCAAUUAGCGCAGUUCACCACUAUUGAAAUAGGUCUAUCAGUUGGUGGUCUGGAUGUAAAAAUACAAGAAACCGUAUUAAGAAAAAAUCCAGAUAUUGUCAUAGCCACGCCAGGAAGAUUGAUAGAUCACUUGGCAAAUACACCAACAUUUUCAUUAAAUAGUAUUGAAGUUCUCAUUUUGGACGAAGCGGAUAGGAUGUUGGAUGAGUACUUUGCUGAGCAAAUGAAGCACAUUGUGAAGCAGUGCGCAAGGACUAGACAGACCAUUUUGUUCUCUGCUACUAUGACGGAAGAAGUAAAAGAUUUGGCUGCAGUAUCUCUGGAUAAACCAGUGAAAGUAUUUGUCGACAGUAACCAAGAUGUGGCUUUUAAUUUAAGACAAGAAUUCGUUCGAAUUCGAAGUGAUAGAGAGGGAGAUCGGGAGGCAAUUCUAGCUGCUCUUAUUUGUAGAACUUUUCAUGACCAUGCCAUGGUGUUCGUACAAACUAAAAAACAAGCUCAUAGACUUCAUAUCCUUCUAGGCUUAUUAGGUGUGAAGGUGGGAGAACUUCAUGGUAAUUUGACACAGCCUCAGCGUCUAGAAAAUCUUAGAAAAUUCAAAGACGAAGAGAUUGAUGUAUUACUAGCUACUGACGUUGCUGCUCGAGGUUUGGAUAUCAGUGGUGUGAAAACAGUAAUUAAUUUUGUAAUGCCUGCUACUAUUCAACAUUACAUUCACAGAGUUGGGAGAACUGCUCGCGCAGGUCGUGCAGGCGUUUCAGUGUCGUUAGCAGGAGAACAGGAACGACAUUUGGUAAAAGAAGUUAUCAAGCAAGCUAGAAAUCCAGUAAAAAAUAGAAUUAUACCACCAGAUAUUAUCGAAAAAUAUAAUAAGAAACUUCGCUCACUUGAGACAGACGUGGAAAGAAUUCUUCAGGAAGAGAGCAAUGAGAAGGAAUUAGCUAAGAUAGAAAACCAAGCAAACAGGGUUGAACGGUUACUUAAAGAAGAUGACACUAAGAAUGAGAGGAGCUGGUUCCAGAGUACUAAGGAAAGAAAAGAAGAAAAAAACAGAUUGACGUUAACGGAGAAACAGCCGAAGAAUAAAGGGAAUAAAGACAAAAAAAAUAAAAUGGCAUCUAACAUUGUGGAGGAGAAGACAAGGAGAGACAAGAAAAAAGGACCUAAGAAAGAAACAGCAGAAGACAGAGUAAAUAAAGAAAUGGAAAAAGUUGCUGCAUACCAAGCAAGACUUGCUAAGAAGAAAAAUAAAUUAAAGAAAAUCCGAACAGUCUUAGACGACGAUGUUCGUGGCGCGUCCAAGAAGGUAUCAUCAAAAAGAUCGAAAUCUUCAUUUGCCCAGGACUUAACCGAUACCAGUAAGAGGGGCGUUAAAAAGAUGCGUUACGAAGCAAACGACAAAAGAAAACCAAGACCCAAAACUAAAUUAUUUGGCAAGUCAAAGGCACCCAAAAAUAAAGGACGUAGAGGUGGAACUUUCAAGAAACGUUAAAAUGUAACAAUAAAAAGUAAUAAAAAUGUAUAUCGAAUACUUUUUGUUCAUUUUGCACAAAAGUCACUUCGUUAAUAAUAAUCUUUUCAAGUUCUAAAUAGUAUGAAUGAAUAAAGAAUAUUUACAAAUUGAUAA